AUGACUGGAGGCAAAUCUGGAGGCAAGGCCAGCGGCAGCAAGAACGCCCAAUCCCGCUCGUCCAAGGCCGGUCUCGCCUUCCCCGUUGGUCGUGUCCACCGUCUGCUCCGCAAGGGCAACUACGCUCAGCGUGUUGGUGCCGGUGCUCCCGUUUACCUUGCUGCCGUCCUUGAGUAUCUCGCCGCCGAAAUUCUCGAAUUGGCUGGUAACGCUGCUCGCGAUAACAAGAAGACCCGUAUCAUUCCUCGUCACCUUCAGCUCGCCAUCCGCAACGAUGAGGAACUGAACAAGCUUCUGGGUCAUGUCACCAUUGCCCAGGGUGGUGUCCUCCCCAACAUCCACCAGAACCUUCUGCCCAAGAAGACCCCCAAGAGUGGAAAGGGCCCGGGAAGCCAGGAGCUGUAAACAAUUUCUUUCUAAUUUGGGUUCUCUGAUUCGGCGCGGUUUGGUUCUCUUAUUGAUGUGAUAACGGGGUUCUGGUCGGAACGUUUAUGGCUCUGCGUUUUCUUUUUCUAGUUUCCACAGUUUAUGGUUGUACAUUAUGUCUACGGGCAUGGAAUGAUACCGACAGCAUUUUCACGGAUUCAAUUUUCUACCCUAGUAGAUACUGUAAGGAGUGCGCUCGCCAAGUGAAGGCCAAAAAGUGUUUGUUGAGCUGGUUUCACCUUAAAACGGCCCAUUAUCUAUGCAAUCUAAGUUCCGCGAGAU